AUGGUCGCGUCUUGCUCACCCCAUCGCCAGCACGGCGAUAUAGCAAGUUUAUUUCCGCGCGCUCACUCUCGAUCACCACUCAUCUCUUCCCCGCCACCUGAUUUACCCGUCUUGUCAGCUUUACCAACCUUCUCAGCACCUUUCACUCUCGCACUAGCAAAUACCGCUGUUGCAAGAACAAGGAGUGCAACUCGCCGCCAGAGCUCUAUACCUGCAACCCCCCGGGAGUCUACCUUGCUUCCGGACAGCCCUUCAAAACUUCGACCCCUCACAACUACUACACACAACAACAUGAACUCAAGCGGGAUGACAUUGCGAUCUAGCUCAUCAAGCCCAGCACGCUCCACCAAUACACGUGACAAGCUCGCCAUUCAGAGACAGAACCGCGCAGGGAUUGGUGUCGAGAACAAGGAAUUGCAUAAGCCAGCCAACGGAAGUCCGCUCAAACGCAGCGACGGGGCAAUGAAUCUCAACGAUAUCGGUCGGGCGUCGCCUGCUGCCAAGGGCAGAUCUGUCUCUGGGCCACUCAGAAUUACGAAUCCUGUCUUUGGGAACUCGUCCUUUAGCUCCACAAAGUCACCGUCACCAAAACGUUACGCUACUAGAAAAAGCAUGGGUAGCAGUAACCUCCUUGGCGAGAAACCGAACUUUGCAAAGACGAGGCCCCAGGCGAGGAACCAGCCUGAGUUUCUUCCUCCCGCAGAUGCUGCGAAAUUACGUAGGACAGGCUCGGUUGAGAAUUUCUCGAAAGAUUCGAAAGAUUCGCCGUUUGGGAACAAUGCUGAUCCAUUGCCCAGUGCCUCCAGCCAUCCUUUCAAUGGAAAUGCAGCGCAGCCGUCUCGCCCGCUACCCCAGUCGAGUGAUGAGGAGCCACCUACUAGCCAGGAAAGCAUGGGUCUUUGCACCCCGCAGAACUAUAAGCUUGCCAAACCAUUUCCCGCUGCGUUCCAUUCAACUGGCUUUGUUACAAAACGUGGACGUCUCGACACCGUAGGGAAGGAACAUGGCCCUCAGCCAGACACACCGUGCAAGAAGCCGACUGCUCCUUUCUUUUCUCAGUCUGCAGCCCAGUCCAAAGGAACCACGGGGAAAGGCCGGGGAUUAAUGUCCAUGUCCGAUUUUGCUUCGAGCUCUUCAACCCCCGCAGGAUAUAUCAAAGGAAGAAAAUCUCUGGCAAGAAAGAAUAGCACCAUGAGCAACGACGACGGAGAUGACCUUGGCGAAUACGAACUACCCCCAACUCCUACGAAGAAGACGCAUGGUAACAUAAGCGCAUUUUUCGCUGCGAAUAAACGCUUACGGACUGAUACGAGCUCUGACGGGUUACAUGGACGCUAUGUAACCACUUCUACCUCCCCGCAUACACCGAAAGAUAAUAUAGUUCCCCCUGACCCCAGUAGUUUAUCGAUUUCUGGGCGUGCCAACAACCGAUUUUCUGAGGUAAAGCACAUUGGAUCUGGAGAGUUUUCGGAGGUUUAUCAGGUCGUGGAGAGAGAAGGAGAUGGGCACAAACGUCAUCCGUUUAUAGAUUCACUCGAUCCACCGCUUACGCCUCAAUUGGCCACUCCUAGCCGCUCUUCUGCCUUUGGAUCAUCCCCCUUGAGGGCCACUGGCCCUGUGCCGAAAAUGUAUGCCGUCAAGAAGUCAAAGUCGGCGGUUCUCAGCAGCCAUGGAAGGGCGAGACGUAUGGAGGAAGUCGAUAUUCUCAGGGAUCUUGGGGAGCAUGAUCACGUGAUCAAGUUUGUGGAGUCUUGGGAGGAGAAUGGGCACCUUUAUAUUCAGACUGAAUACUGUGAAAAUGGGGGCCUGGAUAAGUUUCUGUCUCAGCAUGGACACAAGGGGAGGCUGGAUGAAUUCCGUGUGUGGAAGGUACUUGUGGAACUCUGUUUGGGUCUCCAACAUAUCCACAAUUCUGGAUUCAUGCACCUAGAUCUCAAGCCUGCGAAUGUUCUAAUCGCCUUCAAUGGAACUCUUAAAAUCAGUGAUUUUGGAAUGGCCGCGAGGUGGCCAGCCAUCCGGGGACUGGAACGCGAAGGAGACCGUGGAUACAUUGCACCCGAGGUCAUCAACUCAGCUAAAUACGAUAAACCUGUUGAUAUCUUUGCCCUUGGCCUUACAAUCAUUGAGGUCGCCGGAAAUGAGAACCUCCCGCCCAAUGGACCUGAUUGGCAGAGACUCAGAGACGGGGAUAUCACUGUAGCCCCAAAGCUGUCCACUAGCCGUUCUGGAGAAUUUGUACACCGCGACGAGAGAGGAAACCCAGUCUCCACCGAAAUACUCGAGAUUAUGGAUACCGACAGGGCUAACGAUUCUCCCCCGACCACACAAUAUCUCCGCUCUAAGAAGGUACCUGGCCAGCAGCCUAAAGUAUCUAGAAGGCCUCGUGGCAGGGUUCUCCUUCAUGACCCAAGAGACGGAGAUCUUGUUUAUCCACCCCAGUUCAUGGCGGAUAGUGGCCUUGAGAAGAUUGUCGGCUGGAUGAUAAACGCUGAUCCAAGUAAACGACCAAGGGUUUCUGAUCUCUUGGAAAUGAACGAAUUGCGUUGGGUUCAUGGAAGGAGGAGAACCCCUGCAACGAUAUUCGAAGGUCUAUGGGGCCCGGACGAUUCGGUGCUCGUCAUGGAGGAUGAAGUUAUGGGGGUUUCUAAUAGCACUGAAGUUGAGCUCUGUCGGGAUGAUUGGAGGAUGGAGGAGGAGGAGGAGGAGAUACUGUGA